AUGGGCAAAACUAGAACUCCUUUAUUGACGAAAUUUCUUUGGAUUGGAAGGAGGUCAGUUAAAAUUCUUCAUGGGCAAGUUAAGCCUGGGGCUACUAUUUAUGCCAUUUGGAAGGAAAGAAACAACAGGAUUUUCUCCAAUCUUCUGCAGCUCAAAGAUAGAAUUGUGGAAAGGCUCAGAAGACUGGUAAGAGGCAAAGGGGCUGACCUCUCAAAUUUUUCGCCUACUAAUGUCAAUAAAGCCAUUGCUAGGAAUUGGAACCUCCUCAACUGCAUCUUUAACCUUCAAAUGCUAAGGCUUCUCCUCUUUGGAGAAGCUUUUGCAUCAGUUUUCUGUGCUUCCCCUGUUUUUGCCGUUCAUUCCCCUGCUUCUCCUGCUGUUGUUCUCCUGGCCUCCCUUUUCCCCGGCUGUGGCUUGGUUUCGCGCCCUCAAAAAUUUCUCGUGGUCUGCUACUUGGUUUCCAUGCAGUUGAGGCAUGCUUCUGGUCAUCAUGGACCUUCGGUCUUUGCUGGUCUGGUUGGCUUGAAUUCUUCCCGCUGGCUUUUCUUGCAUCUUCAAAUUUUUGCUCCUGGAUUGCUACAUGAUGAUAUGGUCCUCCGGUUUGGGCUUAAUUAUCCUCCGUUGAUGGGUUCUGGUCUGAAAUUCCUGAGCUGUAGUCCUUCUAUGAGGAUCUUUGGAUGCUGGUUUGUUCCGGUGCUCCUGUCAUCUCCUGAUUUUGCUUUUGUCUAUUACGUCUGCUUCCCAGUGUUGGCACCUGCAUUUCCUCCUGAUGUGCUUUGUAGUGCUCCGGUUGCUGUGCUGGCUGAUGCUGGUUUCUUGUCUGGUGCUGCUGGAGUCCGGAAAUGCAUCCGAACUCUCUGCGUCCUUGCUUGCUGCUGUGGUAUGGAUUUCUUUCCAGGUGUAAUGCAUUUCCCUGGUGCCCGAGGAUCUGCCUUGGCAUCUCUUUUGCUUGUUUCUGUGGCAGCUAUUUAUUUGUUGUCUUAUGCCUCUCUUCACUUGCACUUUAUGGCUUCCUCUUCUUCUUCGUCUUCUUCAUCCAUUACUCCUAAACUAGAGUAUGAGGUUUUUCUUAGUUUCCGUGGUGUGGACACCCGACAAAACAUUACCAGCCAUCUAUGGUGUCUCAGAGAACUUGAAGAGAUUGUUAAAUGUAAGAACACUUAUGAUCAGAUCAUAAUACCGGUCUUCUAUGAAGUAGAUCCAUCUGAUGUGAGGAAUCAAACUGGGGAUUUUGGGAAAGCAUUUGCUGAGCUUGAAAAGCGUUUUAUGGAUGAUUCAGAGAUGUUGCAGAGAUGGAGGACUGCUUUGAGGGAUGCGGCCAAUUAUCUGGUUAUGAUUCAAAGAACUCUAGUGUUGGUAAAGGAUAUUGUCAAUGAUAUAUGGAGGAAAUUGGAUUACAACUCCUCAUUUAUUCUUACCAAGAACCUAAUUGGACUAGAGUCAUCAAUUGAGAAGAUUGAAAAUUUAUUAUGUUCAAAGGGUGUUUGGAAGCUAGGAAUUUGGGGCAUCGGGGGCAUAGGAAAAACUACUCUUGCUAGUGCUAUAUUUGAAAAAAUCUCUAAACAGUUUGAAGCAUCUUACUUCAUUUUGAAUAUUAGAGAAGAAUUAGAGAAAAACGGGGGAUUAAAUGACUUAUGCCAAAAAUUGAGUUCUGCAAUUUUAGAGGAUGAACAUCUCAAUCAUGGAUUCACCUUUAGAAGAAAAAGUCUUAUUAGCAGAAAAAAAGUUCUUAUUGUGUUUGAUGAUGUAACAAAGUUAGUACAAAUAGAAUGUUUAAUGGGAGUUUUUGACGACUUGGAUUCAAAUAGUCAAAUCAUUUUAACAACAAGGGAUAAACAUGUGCUAAGAAAUUGUGAAGUGGAUCACAUUCAUGAAAUGAAAGGGUUAUGUUUUGAUAAUGCUCUUCAACUUUUUGCCCUAAAUGCCUUUCGACAAAACACUCCAAUUGAAGAUUAUAACGAGCUAUCAUCUAUAGUAGUAGCUUAUGUUAAGGGUGUUCCACUAGCUCUUAAAGUUCUAGGUUCCUUUUUAUUCAAGAGGACGAAGAGAGAAUGGGAAAGUGUACUGAAAAACUUAAGAACAAGUCUUCAUGUAGAUGUCCACAAGGUGUUAAAAAUAAGUUAUGAUGGAUUAAAUGAUAAAGACAAGGUUGUAUUUUUAGAUAUUGCAUGUUUCUUUAAAGGAUUUAAAAGAGAUCUCAUAGAAGCAAUCUUGAAUGCUUGUGACUUUGACUCUCAUAUUUGUAUAAAUGUUCUCAUUGAAAGGUGUCUCAUAACUACAUCAUCUAACACCAUAAUAAUGCAUGAUUUACUUGAAGAAAUGGGUAGAAAAAUUGUUCAGCAAGAAUCAAUUGAUGAUCCUGGCAAACGUAGUCGAUUGUGGGAUCCCGAUGCAAUCUUUUCAGUGUUGAAGUAUAAUAUGGGAACUAGAGCAAUUCGAAGUAUAUGCUUUCAUACGUUCAAAGUAAAAGCGUUGCAUUUAAAUCCUAAAGCUUUCAACAAGAUGCAAAACCUAAGAUUCUUGGAAAUUUAUGAGUUCGAACAUGAAAAGAAGGUGCAUGGUUUUGAGAAACUUGAGUCUGAUUUCUCUGAGCUAAGGUACUUUUGCUGGCAUGGAUAUUCUGACAAAUCAUUGCCACCAAAUUUUAAUCCAAAGAACCUUGUUGCACUUUACAUACCUGAUAGCAAUGUUAGACAACUUUGGACUGGUGACCAGGUUCUUGUUAAUUUGAAACAUAUUGAUCUCAAUCACUCUAAGUAUCUAUAUAGUAUACCAGAUUUAUCACUUAUGCCAAAUCUUGAGUGCUUAGAGCUUGGAGAUUGUACAAAUUUGCUUGAGAGUUUCUCAUCUAUCGAUAAUCUCCAUAAACUUGUUAUCCUAUGUCUACAAGGAUGCAAAGGCUUUGAUAAUCUUCCAAUUAGUUCUAAUUGCCAAUCUCUUCAAGUAGUUAUUCUCUCUAAUUGCUCAAAUCUCAAAGAAGUUUCAUAUCUCCCUAGUACAGUUGAAGUGUUAUAUUUAGAUGGAACUGCUAUUAAAGAAUUCUCAUCAAUAGGGCAUUUAUUUAGACUAGUAACAUUGAGUCUUAGAAAAUGUUCAAAGCUUGAGAGAUUACCAGAUAGUAUUCGUGAGUUGAAAUCUCUUAAAUCUCUUUAUCUCUCGGGUUGUUCCAAACUUGACAGAUUGCCUAAUGACAUGGGAAAUUUACAAACUCUGGAGGUACUAGAACUGGAAGAAAUUUCUUUUGCAGAAAUAUCAACAUUUAUGACAAGUUUGAUCAACCUGGAGACAUUAUCUUUAACAAGAUGUAAGACGCAAAAGCGAUCGGGUAUCCCACUCAUGGAUUUAUCUGUCUUCCAAAGAAUGAGUGACCUAAUCUUGGUUGAUUGUUGCAUUGAAGUGUUACCCAACAAUAUUGGCCAAUUAUUCUCACUUAAAUAUUUAAAUCUUGGCCAAAACAAUUUGGAGACACUACCAGAGAGCAUCAAAGACCUCUCUAACCUGAUCUUUCUUGAUUUAAGCAAUUGCCAGAGGCUUAAAUACUUACCAGAGCUUCCAAGCAGGUUAAUCGAACUGAUUGCGGUGAAUUGCAUAAAUCUUGAAUCAAUAUCAAGUUUACCAGCUUCAUUCCUAGGUAAUUAUUCAAUUUGUUAUGGGAAUGCCUGGCUCCACAAUUGUUUCAAACUAAAAUUAGAUAUGAAAGAUGCUCUCCUGAAUAUUGAGAGAAAUGCAAAUGUGUGGUAUCACCAUGAAGAUAACUUAUGGUAUGAGCGAGUGGGGAACAUUGUUUACCCUGGAGGUGAAAUUCCAAAGUGGUUUGACUUAAAAAAUAAUGAAUCUUUUAUAAAGUUUCCAGAAGGUUGGGUCAAUGAUAACUUAAUUGGUUUCGUUUUUUGUGUUGUUGUACCAUCACAAGACUAUAAACAAAAUAUUGGAUUUCACUUGAUUGUUAAUGGAAAGGAGACUUAUUCUAAAUAUUUGAUUCAGUUAUUCCAUUCUUGGCUUAAGUUUCUUGAAGGAGAGAACGUUAUUAAAUCAGAUCAUGUAGUCAUAGGUUAUGUGUACAUUGGAAUGUUCAUAAAAUUUCAAAAAUUCAAUUUGAAUAACCAAGUUGGUGUUGAGUUCUUCAUUGAACAAGCAACUGAGACUGGUAAGGUUCGAAGCCAAGUGAAAAAAUGUGGAAUGACUUUGUUGUAUGCCAAAAAUGAUGAUUUGAGAAGGGAUGCAAGAGUGGACCAAAAUGAUGAAAGAUCUCAUAAGCGAUUGAAACUUGAAGAUUGA